GAACGUUUUAUGUUCACAAUCGUUGUACAAUACCGACCAAAGCUAAAUCAGUUAUUACCCAUCAAAUCAAGUUUUGUACUUUAUCUCUCUCUCAUGCGAGGCUUCACUUCAAAAUUUUCAAUCUUGAUUUUUUAGCUUUCUGCAUGAUUCUUGAAUCUUGAAUCUGAGAUGAAGAAUCUUGGGUGGUCAUUCGAAAGUCUUCUCCUUUUCUGUCUCUUUGUCUCCUUCUCCACUCACAUAGUUCCUGUUUCAUCUCUGAACUCAGAAGGGCUAACUCUACUCUCACUUCUCAAACAUUUAGAGAAAGUCCCCAAAGAAGUAACUUCCACAUGGAAACCAAACUCAUCUCCCCAAGCCACUCCAUGUAACUGGUUCGGCAUCACUUGCGACGACUCCAACAACGUUGCCUCUCUCAACUUCACCAAUUCUAACGUCUCAGGCAAGUUAGGUCCCGAGAUUGGCGACCUCACAAGCUUAGAGAUUCUGGAUCUGAGUACCAACAGCUUCUCUGGAACCAUACCUUCCACUUUAGGAAACUGUACUAAACUUGUUUACCUAGAUUUGUCUGAAAACGAGUUCACCGGUGAGAUCCCUCACACUCUCGGUAACUUAAAGAGCGUGGUGGAUCUUUACCUUUACGAGAACUACCUCACUGGUGAGUUACCUGAAUCCUUGUUUCGAAUCCCGGUGUUGCAGACUCUUCAUGUUGAGUAUAACAAUCUAACAGGUCCGAUUCCUGAGAGUAUUGGUGAAGCUAAGGAGCUUCUUGAUCUGCGUUUGUUUGAGAAUCAGCUCUCUGGGACCAUCCCUGAGUCUAUUGGGAACUGUAGUAACCUUGAGCUUCUGUAUUUGCAUAAGAACAAGUUGGUUGGUUCGUUGCCUGAAAGUUUCAACUUGUUGGAGAAACUCACUGACUUGUUUGUUGGUAACAACAGCUUAACCGGACCGAUCCGUCUCGGUUCAGUUAACUGCAAGAACUUGCUGACUUUGGAUUUGUCUUACAACAAGUUUGAAGGUGGUGUUCCUCCUGAGUUAGGGAAGUGUAGUAGCCUUGAGGUUCUGGUUAUUGUGAGUGGUAACUUGUCAGGUACAAUCCCUCCCUCACUAGGUAUGUUGAAGAAGAUUACAGUUAUUAAUCUCUCAGAGAAUCUUCUCACUGGUAAUAUCCCUCCAGAGAUUGGUAACUGCAGUAGCUUACUCACGUUAAAGCUCAAUAACAACCAGCUUGGAGGCGAGAUACCGAGUUCGUUAGGUAAGCUUAAGAAGCUAGAGAGUCUUGAGCUUUUCGAGAACCGAUUCUCCGGUGAGAUCCCUAUAGAGGUUUGGAAGAUUCAGAGUCUUGCUCAGUUGCUGGUUUAUCAAAACAACCUCACAGGUGAGCUACCUCUAGAGAUGACUCAGCUGAAGCAUUUAAAGAUUGUUACUCUCUUCAACAACAGCUUUUACGGAGAGAUACCAGCGAGUCUAGGUGUUCACAGUAGCUUAGAAGAGGUUGACUUUAUAAGUAACAAACUCACAGGCGAGAUACCUCCGAAUCUAUGCCAUGGGAAGAAGCUAACAGUGCUUAACUUGGGUUCUAAUCAGCUACACGGUAAGAUACCGACAUCCAUUGGUCACUGUAAGAGCAUCCAGAGAUUCAUCCUCAGAGAGAACAACUUGUCAGGUCUUCUCCCUGAGUUUUCUCAAGAUCAUAGCAUUUCGUUUCUUGACUUCAACACCAACAACUUCGAAGGACCGAUCCCAAAAAGCUUUGGAAGCUCUAGGAACCUCUCUAGCAUUAACUUGUCUAGAAACAAACUCACUGGACAGAUACCUUCAGAGCUUGGGAACUUACUAGGCCUCGGUUACUUGAAUCUUUCACAUAAUCUUCUUGAAGGCUCUCUGCCGCCUCAGCUCUCUAACUGUGUGAGACUUGAGCGUUUUGACGUUGGAUUCAACAAGUUAAACGGUUCUGUUCCUUCGAGCUACCGUGCAUUGAAAGGAUUGGCCACGUUGGUUCUAAGUGAAAACCGGUUUACAGGAGGUAUCCCUUUGUUCUUGCCUGAGCUUGUGAAGCUCGCAGAUCUUCAGAUGGCUAGAAAUGCCUUUGGUGGUGAGAUUCCUUCGUCUAUUGGGUCGUUACAUCAACUGAUCUAUGGUUUGGACUUGAGUGGAAACGGAUUAACAGGUGAGCUUCCAGACAAGUUGAAGGAUCUUCUCAAACUAACAAGACUAAACGUGUCCAACAAUAAGUUAACAGGCUCUUUGUCAGUUCUUGGAAACCUUACUUCAUUGCUACACGCUGAUGUCUCUAACAACCAGUUCAUCGGUGCAAUACCUGAAAAGUUAAAGGAUCAGUUGAGCUCUGAUCCGUCGUCGUUUUCAGGAAACCCUAACCUCUGCAUUCCACGUUCCUUCUCUAUUAACAACAAUAGCGAGUUAAGUUACUGCAUUGAUCUAUCUAGACGCGGCAAAAGUGGUCUCAGUACUUGGAAGAUUGUGCUUAUAUCAGUCUUGUCCUCUUUAUUCGUCCUGGUUUUGGUUCUUGCUCUUGUUUUCAUCUGCUCACGCCGUCGUAGUCCAAAAGAAAGACCAAUAAAAGAUGCUUAUGUCUUCACCGAGGAAGGUCCAUCUUUGCUUCUCAGCAAAGUUCUUGCAGCAACUGACAAUCUAAACGAAAAGCACAUCAUCGGAAGAGGAGCUCACGGCAUUGUCUACAGAGCAUCUUUAGGCUCAGGAGAGGUCUACGCGGUGAAGAGACUCAUCUUCGCGUCUCACAUCCGAGCCAACCAGAGCAUGAUGAGGGAGAUUGAAACAAUAGGGAAAGUCAGGCACAGGAAUCUGAUCAAGUUAGAAGGGUUUUGGUUGAGGAAAGAAGACGGGUUGAUGCUGUAUAGAUACAUGCCUAGAGGAAGCUUAUACGAUGUUCUUCACGGUGUUAGCCCUAAAGAAGACGUGCUUGAGUGGUCUGCACGGUACAAUAUAGCCCUUGGGGUCGCUCAUGGACUGGCUUAUCUACAUUAUGACUGUCAUCCUCCGAUUGUUCACCGUGACAUUAAGCCGGAGAACAUACUCAUGGACUCGGAUUUGGAACCUCAUAUUGGUGACUUUGGUUUGGCUAGGCUUCUUGAUGGCUCAACGGUCUCAACAGCUACUGUUACAGGCACCACCGGGUACAUUGCACCAGAAAACGCUUUCAAAACGGUGAGGGGAAGAGAAUCAGACGUUUACAGUUAUGGAGUUGUGUUGCUAGAGCUGGUUACUAGGAAGAGAGCGGUGGACAAGUCCUUUCCGGACAGUACCGAUAUAGUAAGCUGGGUGAGAUCUUUCUUGAGCAACAAAGGCGUGGACGACAUGGUGUCAACAAUUGUUGAUCCGGUUCUUGUGGACGAGCUUCUCGAUUCGGAUCUUAGGGAACAGAUAGUUGAGGUGACUGAACUGGCACUGAGCUGUACAGAGAGAGAUCCAGCAAGGAGACCGACGAUGAGAGAGGUGGUGAAAGUGUUGUGCGAUGCGCAAGGUCUUGUAAGAUGCUCCUCUGGUUCUGUUCGCUAAUCUAUUACAGAGGAAGGGGAUGUUUAUAUAUGAAUGUUUUGGUUAACUAGAAGUAAUGUAACUCGUCGCCUAUAAUGGGCCUAAUCUGGGCCCAACUAUGAAGGCCCGUUAUUUGAAACUUGUUUGUAAAAUCGACUCGUUAUACCAAAUCUAAGAAAACUAAUAUGGAAUGUUAUUUAUAUUUCUAUGUCAGCUUAGUAGUGAUUGUAAAAGCUAAAGUUCAUUUAUUUCUUGAAAAUAUGUUGCUCAAAAUACAGUUUCUUGGC